AUGCUCCAGAAGCAGAUGCCCGUCUGGGUCUCCCACUACCCGCCAGACUCAUGCCAAGAGGACGGGGACAGGCCCGCGGCCACCUGUGCCUUGGAGGAGGGGCUGUCUCCAUGCCACCUGCUGACAGUGAGGGUCAUCCGCAUGAAGAACGUCCGACAGGCCGACGUGGUGAGCCUGACAGACUGCUUCGUGAGCCUCUGGCUGCCCACCGCCAGUCAAAAGAGGCUGAGGACUAGGACCAUCUCCAACUGCCGAAACCCAGAAUGGAAUGAAACCUUCAGCUUCCAGAUCCAGAGCCAAGUGAAGAAUGUUCUAGAGCUGAGCGUCUGUGAUGAAGACACAGUGACACCUGAUGACCAUCUCUUGACAGUUCUCUAUGACCUCACCAAGCUCUGCUUCCGAAAGAAAACCCAUGUGAAGUUCCCGCUCAACACAGAGGGCAUGGAGGAGCUGGAAGUGGAGUUCCUGCUGGAGGAGAGCCCCUCUCCACCAGAGAGCCUCAUCACGAAUGGCGUGCUGGUGUCUCGACAAAUGUCCUGCCUGGAGGUUUGUGCAGAAUCCAGGAGGCCAAAGAAGAGGAAAAAGAAGGACCUCCUGGUGACAGUGACGGAGUCCUUCGAGCACACCCAGCGCAUCUCACCCGGCCUGGAACCCUGUGGCACAAACCUCGCCUACUUCCAGUACCCCAAGCACUUCCAGCCUGAGGUGCACGUGGAGUUGCCCAAGAGCCCGUGGAUCUGUGAGCUCUGCUGCUGCACGCGCCAGAAGGACCCUGUGUGCCAGUCGCUCCAUUGCCUCCCCGACGGCGAGGCAGUGACCUUGCCUGUGAAUGAGAACUGUGAAUUACACAUGAAGUCUACACCCUGUUCCCAGGCGCUGGACGUGCGGCUGGGCUUCAGCCUGUGCCAGGCAGAACUGGAGUUCCUACAGAAACGAAGGGUGGUGGUGGCCCAGGCGCUGAAGGAGGUGCUGCAGCUGGAGGAGGAUCUGCGGGCAGAUGAGGUCCCGCUGAUAGCCAUCAUGGCCACUGGGGGUGGAACAAGAUCUAUGACCGCCAUGUAUGGCCACCUGCUGGCGCUGCAGAAGCUGAACAUCCUGAACUGCGCCAGCUAUAUCACCGGCCUAUCUGGGGCCACCUGGACCAUGGCCACCUUGUACCGUGACCCUGACUGGUCCUCCAAAAACCUGGAGCACGCCAUCUUUGAGGCACGGAGGCACGCGGUCAAGGACAAGAUGCCUGCCUUGUUCCCAGACCAGCUCCUCAAAUUCCAGGAGGAGCUCCAGCAGCGCAGGCAGGAAGGCUACAAGGUCACCUUCACAGACUUCUGGGGCCUGCUGAUUGAGGCCUGUCUGGGGGAUGAGAGAAAUGAAUGUAAACUGUCAGAUCAGCGUGCUGCUUUGUGCCAGGGCCAGAACCCCCUGCCCAUCUACCUCACCAUCAAUGUCAAGGAUGAUGUAAGCAACCAGGAUUUCAGAGAGUGGUUCGAGUUCUCCCCCUACGAGGUGGGCAUGCAGAAGUUUGGAGCCUUCAUCCCCACAGAGCUCUUCGGCUCCGAGUUCUUCAUGGGGCGGCUGAUGAAGAGGAUCCCAGAGUCGCGGAUGUGCUACAUGCUAGGUUUGUGGAGUAGCAUCUUCUCUCUGAACCUGCUUGACGCCUGGAACCUAUCCCACACCUCGGAGGAGUUUUUUCACAAGUGGACAAGGGAUAGAGUGCAUGAUAUUGAAGAUGAGCCACUCCUGCCUGAAAUCCCCAAAUGUGAUGCCAACGUCCUGGACACCACAGUGGUGACGCCAGCAUCCUGGCUGUCCAACACUUUCCGCGACAUCCUCACCCACAGGGCCUUUGUCUCCAAGUUCCACAAUUUCCUGCUGGGGCUGCAGCCGCAUGCCGACUACCUCCAGAACAGCCAGUUCUCCAUGUGGAAAGACACUGUGCUGGAUGGCUUCCCAAACCAGCUGACAACAUCUGUGAAACACUUGUGCCUGCUGGACACCGCAUUCUUUGUCAACUCCAGCUAUGCGCCCCUCCUCAGGCCCGAGAGAAAAGCUGACCUCAUCAUCCACCUUAAUUACUGUGCUGGGUCCCAGACAAAGCCCAUGAAGCAAACCUGUGAGUACUGCGCUGUGCAGAACAUCCCCUUCCUCAAAUACGAGCUGCAGCAGGAGGAGGAGAACCUCAAGGAGUGCUACCUGCUGGAGAACUCCCAGGAGCCCGACACCCCCGUCGUGACCUUUUUCCCUCUCAUCUGCGACACCUUCCAAAAUUACAAGGCCCCAGGUGUGGAACGAAGCCCCGAGGAGCUGGAGCAGGGCCAGGUUGACAUCUACGGUCCCAAAACUCCCUACGCCACCAAGGAGCUGACAUACACUGAGGCCGCCUUCGACAAGCUGGUGAAGCUCUCCGAGUAUAACAUCCUGAAUAACAAGGACAAGCUUCUUCAGGCCUUGCGACUGGCGGUAGAGAGGAAACGCCAGAAGAGCCAGUGUCCCCUCUAA